GCGUGUCGUGCGCCACAAAGUUACUCCAGCCUCGGUGACUCCAACUUCUCCAACUUCAGGGGAAACUUUGCGCAGAGCACUCCGUGUCGCAGCGCCUGUCCCCGAGCGGCACAGCCACACGCCUCCUCCGCAGCUGGUCCCCCCUGCUCCGCUGUACCAUGCGCAGCGGCCGUGUCACCCGUCUGCUCCUCUUGCUCCUGAGCGCCGUGCUGACUGUCCAGUCCGAGCUGGAGACGGAUGAAGUGGUCCCCAGGCUGCUGUCCGGCCAGGAGGCGCGCCUCUCCCCGGACAACGCCGUCCGCACCCCGCGGCGCCGCGGCCGGCGCUCCCUGGACGCCGCGCGGGGAGGACCCCCUGACCCGGACAACCUCGUUGUGACGCUGCCUGCUUUUGGCAGGGACCUGUGCUUGAAUCUGACGCGGGACAGUGCGUUUCUCUCGGCGGACUUCGUGGUGGAGGAGAGGCGCCGGGACCAGAGCGCAGCGACCAGACGCUUGUCCAAGAAGCAGCUCUGCUUUUACUCGGGCUCCCUCGUCAACCACACGGACUCUCUGGUGUCGAUACGCACCUGUGGCGGGCUGACUGGGCUCAUCCAGAUAGGGGAGGAACACCUUUUCAUCGAACCUGUCAGUGAAAACGACCCAUCAAAGUCAUUCUCUGGACUUAAACACCGGCUGGUGAGACACCGGCGCUCAGCCAAGACCCACUCUGGUCUGGAUGCUGACCAUCCUGGCUUCUGUGGGACGAAACAAGGUAAGAAGAAGGAGAAGAGGUCAAAGAUAGGUGAAGAGGGUCGUGGGAAGAGGAAUGCCAUUCGCCUGCACGAAGCAUACACGGUGGAGACGGUGGUGGUGGCAGACUCGGACAUGGUGCAGUACCACGGUGCUGAGGCAGCGCAGAGGUUCCUGCUAACUGUCAUGAACAUGGUGUACAACAUGUUCCACCACCAGAGUCUGGGAGUGAGGAUCAACAUUCGAGUUACCAAGCUGGUGUUGCUUCACAGCCGUCCAGAAAAGCUACGCGUGGGCCAUCAUGGAGAACGGGCUUUGGAGAGCUUCUGCCAUUGGCAGUAUCACGAGUUCGGGGGCCCGCGGUACCUGGGCACCAACCACGUUCCUGGAGGAAGGGAUGACAUCCCGCCAGUGGAUACAGCUGUGCUUGUCACCAGGACAGAUUUCUGCGUUCAUAAAGAUGAACCCUGUGAUACAGUUGGUAUUGCUUAUCUGGGCGGUGUCUGCAGUGCCAAGAGGAAGUGUGUGUUGGCAGAGGACAAUGGACUCAAUUUGGCCUUCACCAUUGCUCACGAGUUGGGACACAACAUGGGAAUGAGCCAUGAUGACGACCACGCCACCUGCACGGGUCACUCCCACAUCAUGUCCGGUGAAUGGGUGAAAGGGAGGAACCCCAGUGACUUGUCCUGGUCGUCCUGCAGCCGCGAUGAUCUGGAGAACUUUCUCAGGUCCAAAGCCAGUGGCUGCUUACUGUACACAGACCCCAGGAGCCGUUACCAGGUCCGGCUGCCUCCCAAGCUGCCCGGCAUGCACUACAGCGUGGACGAACAGUGCCAGAUCCUGUUUGGAACCAAUGCCACCUUCUGCAACGACAUGGAGCACUUGAUGUGUGCUGGCCUGUGGUGUUUGGUAGAGGGUGAUGCUUCCUGUAAGACCAAACUGGAUCCUCCUCUGGAUGGAACAGAGUGUGGAGCAGACAAGUGGUGCAGGGCAGGCGAAUGUGUCAGUAAGACUCCCAUCCCUCAGCAUGUGGACGGAGACUGGAGUCCUUGGAGCCAUUGGAGCAUGUGCAGCAGGACCUGCGGUACUGGAGUCCAGUUCAGACAGAGGAAAUGUGACAACCCUCCGCCUGGCCCUGGUGGCCGUCACUGUCAGAGUGCCAGUGUGGAGCACAAGGCCUGUGAAGGUUCCCCCUGUCCAAAGGGGACACCCAGCUUCAGAGACCUGCAGUGUCUGUCCUACGACCGUCACAUCAGCAAGAAGAAGGGCAGCAUGCUGACUGCCAUUAUUAAUGAUGAGAAGCCAUGUGUGUUGUUCUGCAGCCCGGUGGGUCGAGAUGUCCCAGCCCUGAUGGCUGACAGAGUAAUGGAUGGGACACCCUGUGGACCGUAUGAGGCUGACCUGUGUGUUAACGGGAGGUGUCAGAAAAUCGGCUGUGACGGCAUUAUUGGCUCUUUGGCUAAAGAGGAUCGCUGUGGCGUUUGCAAUGGAGAUGGCCGCUCCUGUAAGAUAGUGAGAGGAGAUUUCAACCACACCAAAGGCAUGGUCACCGCUAGGCAGUGUAAGAGGGUAUCUACCUGUGUGAUGGCUAAACCCAGAGCCGUCCCCAAGUGUUUUUCAUGCUACAUCGAGGCUGUGGUUAUCCCUGCAGGAGCCAGGAGAAUCAAAGUUGUGGAGGACAAACCUUCACAUAGCUUUCUGGCCCUGAAAGACUCCAGUAAGAGAUCCAUCAACAGUGACUGGAAGAUUGAGCUUCCAGGAGAGUUUGAGCUUGCCGGGACCACAGUGCGCUAUGUAAGAAGGGGACUGUGGGAGAAGAUGUCUGCCAAGGGACCCACUAAGACCCCCUUACACCUGAUGGUGCUGCUUUUUCAUGACCAGAGCUACGGGAUCCACUAUGAGUACACGGUGUCCCUGAACGUUUCUCAGGACAGGAGCAGUGAGGAGCACAGGGAACAAGAAUAUCUCUAUAUCUGGACGCACAGCAGCUGGCAGGACUGUACUGUCCAAUGUGGAGGAGGUGAGCGGAGGACAGUGGUUUCCUGUAUGAGGAUAGCCAAUAAAACCAUGGAGGUGGUCAACGAUAGCUACUGUCAUCCGGAGAACCGCCCACUGCCCCAAGUGCGACACUGCAACUCUCACCCCUGCCAAUACUGGUGGGUGACAGGUGAGUGGGGAUCCUGCUCCAUCACAUGUGGCAAAGGUAUUCAGGAGAGGGAGGUGGUUUGUGUUUACCACCUUCAGAACGGCUCACUCAUCCACACCAGGGACCUAUACUGCCAGGGAGGAAAACCUCCUGUUCUGCAGGGCUGUGAGGGCCGCCUCUGCCUCACUGUGUGGGAGGCUUCAGAGUGGUCCAUGUGUUCGUCAGACUGUGGUCAGGGUGUUCGCCGGCGGACGGUAUCAUGUACAAACCCUCAGGGUCUAUGUGAUCCCCUGUCCCAGCCUACUCAAGAGGAGCCCUGUGAGGACCACUCCAAAUGUUACGAAUGGAAGACUGGGGACUGGUCCAAGUGUUCAUCAUCCUGUGGGAAGGGUCUGCAGUCACGAGUUGUCCAGUGUAUGCACAAAGUUACUGGUCGUCACGGCAAUGACUGCCUAGUGACACUGAGACCACCCACCUACCGACCCUGUCACCAUGGUGCCUGCAACGAGAAAGUAAAUGUGAACACCAUCACCUCCCCCAGGCUAGCUGCUCUGACCUACAAAUGCAUGGGGGACCAGUGGACGGUGUAUUGUCGCGUGAUCCGGGAGAAGAAUCUCUGUCAGGACAUGAGGUGGUACCAACGCUGCUGUGAAACCUGUAGAGACUUUUAUGCCAAGAAAAUACUGCACAAGAGCUAAUGGCCAAAUGCACCCACUGUCCUCCGAAUAGCGCUCCAUUUUGUUAAUGUCUUUAUUAUUGUUAAUUAAGAAAUUAUUUUUGCGUUUAAAAAAUGAAGCAUGGCAAGUACACGCAAGUGUGCAUUUGAAAUGGGCUCAUAAGCUUCUAGUUUUUCAUGAAAACUUGAAAAUGUCCAAUAUUUCUUUUGCUGUUCACCAAAACAUUUUUCUUUAGGCGGGGGAGCCUUUGGAAAGCCAAUCCAGGUGGCUGGAUUGCACAGAAUAAUUGAAAAUAAGUGCCUGGUUUUGAAGUUGACUUUUUCUGGCAGGUCUAUCAGAUGACAGAGGAGUGAGCCAGAGCUUUCCCCUCUCCUAUCUUCUUUAAUUAUGCUCUCCAUUUUAUCUCUUUCCCUGUACUGUACUGUACUGUAUUAUAGCUAAUUGUUGCAAUUUCAAAUUACUAGUAAAUAGGUUUAUAUCAAGGUGAAUAUAUCAUACUUAAGUAUUAAUUAAGUAUUCUGUAAUAAUAUGUAAGUAUUGAUCAGGAGCAAUCGAAAAAUACUGUGGAAUUACAGUGAAUGAACCCAGCCAAUGAUAAGAGACCCACUGAUUGCCCAUGUAGCAGAACAUUAUUACACUCACACUCUAAGGGUACAGUACAUGGUUGUUUUGAAUUUCCUUUCAGGUGCACGCCAAAGACAUUUUGCCAACACUAUCAUUAUGUUUAUUCUAAGAUUUAUUUGAAUUCACAUGUGCACAGUUCACAGUUGUGAGUGGUCAGAUUGAUCAGUGAGAACUGACAAUUUUCAUUGUCUGUGUGAGCGCUUGUUUUCCUGACCACAGGCCUUUUUAAGCUUGUUUAAAUGGUGCAAUGCCGCCUCAGGCUGUGAACAGGUGUGUUGCCACUGCAGCCUUAUAGCAGGGCUGCGAUGAUCCUGCCUGGCAGUAGGACCAGUUAUCAGUUAUUGUUGUUGGACUAUCCAACAUCAUUAGAAUCAUAUCAAGGCCUGGAGAGAUGAGUUCUUAACUCCAAGCUAGUGCACACACGUCAGAAUUUUGUAAACAAAUAAAAUUGAACCUUUUAAUGCACAGCUUUGUGCACUGAGAUAGUUUACAUUUCACCAUUAUAUCUGACAAAGACACAUUUUCAUCCCUCGUUUCACUUGCAUUAUAUAUAUAUGUACAUAUAUUUUAAUGCACAUAGCUGUGCAUUAAAAUGUUUCAAUUUUAUUUGUUUACAAAAUUCUGACGUGUGUGCACUAGCUUGGAGUUAAGAACUCAUUUCUCCAGGCCUUGAUAUGUAUACAUAUAUAUAUUGAUCACAUAAUGUGGUAUUGACCACAUAAAAUGUAGAUGUAGAUUUACUCUCAUUUGUUAUACUUUGGCACAUGUAUGCAUCACUGUUGGCCAGAUCAUCAUCUGAUUAGAAGCAGUCAUGGUUUUUCAGGCUACAUGCCAAUCAGGCUCAGCUCUCCUCCAGUCCAGGGGUUGGUGCCGCAGGACAUCAAGCUAUUAAAUAACUAGAGUAACUGCUGCACUUCAACAGUUUACUUUGAUUAAAACAGUUAAGCUUCCCAAACCUUAAUUCACUCAACUCCCUCACCAAAACAGAUAACUCUUUCAAAUAACUGUUCAAUUUCCCCCACACCAGUGCAUCUGCAGUAUUACAUACUUGGUACUUAUAACAUGAGAUAUUUCAUAGGCAGUUACAAUCCCUCGAAAGUUAACGUGAAUAUUAUUAUAUCAUUGACUAUUCCCAGUUCUCAUACACUGUGUAGAAAUUUUCUCAUGACAGGUCAAAAUACCUGUUCAAUAAUAAUAAGCCUUUAUUCUUCCUCAAAUACAAGGGUUGGGGGGAGGUGGCUUGUUAUUUCACCUUUAUGCUGGCAGCGGAGGUAGUCACAGAUCUAUGUCUGUGUAAAAGGGGGAGCCUGCAUGCUGGAACAGAGGCUGGAGCUGCUGUGUUACCCUUUUUGUGUCUUCCUGGAAUGUCAGCAUGCUCACUAGAAUUACAAACCCUGGUCGCACUAUGAGAACUUUUUUUGGUUCCCCAAAAGCAGAAGUGAGUGGACUUAAUGGCAAUAUAGCAAGAUGUCUGCAUAAAGGGGGCUUUUUAAAAUAACUACUAAAAAGAAAAAGUGACUAGACCUUUUGGAAUCAUCUGCAUUUAGGUAUAACUAAUUCUUUAGAUAAGAUCAGAUGGGGUUGCCCCAGCAGGGUCCUUACUGCAGCAGUGUGGGUGGCCCGGGCUGCACGUCACCUCCACUCUCUCCUCUCCCUGCCUCUCCUCUCUCUCUCCAUAAUACUAAGAAAUAGAGCAAAGAUGCAGAAGAAAAAAAUAUAUUUUAAAAGUUAUAUAUAUAUAUAUAUUUUAACUUUAUUGGAACAGACAGUCAAAGUCUAAGUUGGACAAAGUCUGUGAACUCUAGGAGUUAUCAAACCUGAAGUCCAGUUAAUGGGAGUGUGGGUGUGUGUUAGAGCUAUUUUCUUUCACUGCAUGGAUCACAUCUGCUGAUGAGACAAAAAAACAACAAAAUAAACAACAACCCAUCGCUGUUCACUUGAAAUUAGCCAAAGAGCACCUUGAUACCCCACAACUUUAGAUAGUUUGAGAAGAAUAUUUACUAUGGAGACAAUCCUCAUUUUGCAGUGGCCCAGUCCCUAAAGCAACAGAGUUACUGUGGAAUGACGUCAAGAGUGACAUUCACAUUUUUUACCCUAUACUUUGUGACCUGCUGAUUUUAAGAUCAAUUUAUGCAGAAAACAAGAUGAUUCCAAGCUUUCACUUACUUUUUCUUGCCACUAUUUAAAUGUACACAUGCAAAUGAAAAUGUAAUUCCACAAUUACAUUAUAAAUUCCCACAAAUGUAUGUCUUUUGAUAAAAAAUUUAAAUGAAUCCGAAAUUGUGUAUUUUAAAUAUUUACCCUGCUGAU